AUGAAGGAUGAGGUCAACCUCAAGGGGCUGACGUACAACACACGGCUUUUGUAUGCAGUGAUCCCUUCGAGCAUGUACGCAAAGAAAGACAAGACCAUAGAUGCACUCAUCAAAGCAAUGGUUGAUGAUCUCAACAAACUGUACCACGAAGGGUUUGAAGUCAGAAUGGAGGGGGCGUCCGUGAGAAUGCGUCCAGUGUGGAUCGGAACCAAAGGAGAUUGGCCUUGGAUGAGAAAGCUAUACAAACUCAAGUCUGGCUUUCAGGCACAAUGCCACAGGAAAUGCCACUUGUGUGAUGGCGCAGAUUGGUGGGACAUGGCGCCAUCCAGCCACUUGCGGAAUCUGCCUUUGGGGUACCACAACCCGUCCCCCUAUUGGCCAAAUUUCCGUUCUCCUAUGUUUGAUCUUCCUGGAGGACAAGAUGCCUUCCGUAUCCGCACGGAUCCCACCCAUACAUACCAUAUAGGAUAUGGGAAAGAUGAAAACGCAAGCAUCCUAGUCCUUUUGGCACAGCUGGGCCAUUUUGGUGGGAAGGGAUCUCUGGAUGCCAAGCUCGAAAGGGCCUUUGAACGCUUUGCCAUCUACUGCAAGUCCACCCGGAAGCACACGAGCAUCACCUUUUUCAGCAAAAAGCAGUUCAAGAUACAACAGAAGGGGAGCUUCCCUUGCGGAGGUGGCAAGGGCCAUGACACCGCAGUCCUGGGGGCCUGGCUUGAGACAGAGCUCACCUCAGUGUCUGCGGAUUCUUUUGAAAGCCCAUGGAGAGAAAUUGUACAAGUCAUGAAGUACAUGAACCGUGCGAGUUGCUUCUUCUGGAGGCUACUUUACACAAGUGGCAUGUUUCUUUCCAAAGAGUCUGCGCAAUCUGCCAUCACGGCUGGCUGGGACAUGGUAGAAGGGUAUGCUGUUUGCAGCUCGUUGACGGCGGCGCAAGGCCUGCGUUUAUUUAAGUGCAGGCCAAAACUACACAUGAUGGGACACAUCACGCUGAUCCUCCAACAUGAGCUGCUGCGAGGCGCUGAACCCAUGAAUCCGGCGUGCUGGAUGUGCUGGGGGGAUGAAGAUUUCAUAGGACGGAUAUCUAGAACCAGCAGACACCAGCAUAGCAGAACGUCUCCUUUGAGAACAUUGCAGGUGUCACUCAUGGCCUAUAAGAGGCAUUGGAACACGUGUUUCACUGACUGA